CAAUUAGGAAACUGCAUUGGCAAAGGUCAAUUCGGUUCAGUCUAUAGAACACUUGAUCUUUCCACUGGAGAAGUGGUUGCUGUAAAGAGAGUGAAGCUUGAAAAUGACGAUCUUUAUCAAGAAAUAAUUAAAGAAGUAAACAUAUUAAAGACAUUGACGCACACAAAUGUUGUCAAAUAUAUUGGGUUUAUACCAACAAAGCAAUACUUAAACAUUGUUCUUGAAUAUGCAGAAAACGGAUCCCUCAUGUCAACUUUAAAAGCAUUUGGUGCAUUUCCCGAGAAACUCGUUGCUUCCUUUUGUAUAAAAAUUUUGAGGGGUUUGGAAUACCUACAUGAUAAUGAAGUUGUUCAUUGUGACUUAAAAGCGGCAAACAUCUUGACAACCAAGACAGGUGAUGUCAAAUUGACUGAUUUUGGUGUGUCACUCAACCUUAAAAUAAAAGCUGUAGAUGCAGAUUCCAUUUCUGGAACACCCAAUUGGAUGGCACCUGAAGUUAUUGAAUUAAAAGGGGCGACAACAAAAUCUGACAUAUGGUCCUUGGGAUGUACAUUGGUAGAGUUAGUAACUGGGAAACCGCCAUAUGGCGAUUUGCUUGCCAUGUCUGCUAUGUUUCGUAUUGUAGAAGAUGAAUACCCUCCUUUGCCUGAGAGUAUAUCUCAAGAUAUGAAAGAUUUUCUCUUAUGCUGUUUUCAGAAGGAUCCAAACCAAAGAUCUUCAAGUAAAGAAUUACAGCAGCAUGAGUGGAUAAAAAAAAACCAGAAGAAGGCACCUGGCAACAAAAAACCUAAAGGUAAAAUAAUAUUACAACACUCUUAUUGGACCAUUAAUAUCAAGAAAAAGACGACUAGCGCUGCGAACACAAAGUAUUAUUCUUUAAAUGCAAAUACAUUACCGUCGUCCUCAACAUCCUUUGACGAUGCAAAUAGUCACCAAUUUAUUCAAACUUCCUUUGGAAAAGCUGUCGAGUGCAAAGUGUGCAGUGAAGUAAUGGAAAAAGAAUCCGUAUUUUGUGAAGUUUGCUCUCUAGUAUGUCAUAAAGAUUGCAAAAGAACUGCGUUCUCAUGUCCUCCUCGAGUCAAUGAUCAACAGCCAUCAUACGAUGUAAGCAUCAAGUUUUACAGAAUGUUUCGUGAUAUUAAUUUUUAG